UUUUUCAACAUGCACAACAAUUAUUUUGAUUAAAUUUUGUAUCUAAAAAUUUAGCAUUUUGAAAUUCAGUUCAGAGACAUCAUGGCAACUUUUGCUGUCUCUGGAUUGAACUCAAUUUCAAGUAUUUCUAGUUUUAAUAACAAUUUCAGAAGCAAAAACUCAAACAUUUUGUUGAGUAGAAGGAGGAUUUUAUUGUUCAGUUUUAGAAGAAGAAGAAGAAGAAGUUUCUCUGUUAGCAGUGUUGCUAGUGAUCAAAAGCAGAAGACAAAGGAUUCUUCCUCUGAUGAAGGAUUUACAUUAGAUGUUUUUCAGCCGGACUCCACGUCUGUUUUAUCAAGUAUAAAGUAUCACGCUGAGUUCAUGCCAUCAUUUUCUCCUGAGAAGUUUGAACUUCCCAAGGCAUACUAUGCAACUGCAGAGAGUGUUCGAGAUACGCUCAUUAUAAAUUGGAAUGCCACAUACGAAUUCUAUGAAAAGAUGAAUGUAAAGCAGGCAUAUUACUUGUCUAUGGAAUUUCUUCAGGGAAGAGCUUUACUCAAUGCUAUUGGUAACUUGGGGCUAACCGGACCUUAUGCAGAUGCUUUAACUAAGCUCGGGUACAGUUUAGAGGAUGUAGCCAGGCAGGAACCGGAUGCAGCUUUAGGUAAUGGAGGUUUAGGAAGACUUGCUUCUUGCUUUCUGGACUCAAUGGCGACGCUAAACUACCCUGCAUGGGGCUAUGGACUUAGAUACCAAUAUGGCCUUUUCAAACAGCUUAUUACAAAAGAUGGCCAGGAGGAAGUUGCUGAAAAUUGGCUCGAGAUGGGAAAUCCAUGGGAAAUUGUCAGGAAUGAUAUUUCGUAUCCCGUAAAAUUCUAUGGGAAGGUCAUUGAAGGAGCUGAUGGGAGGAAGGAAUGGGCUGGCGGAGAAGAUAUAACUGCUGUUGCCUAUGAUGUCCCAAUACCAGGAUAUAAAACAAAAACAACGAUUAACCUUCGAUUGUGGACAACAAAGCUAGCUGCAGAAGCUUUUGAUUUACAUGCUUUUAACAAUGGAGACCAUGCCAAAGCAUAUGAGGCCCAGAAAAAGGCUGAAAAGAUUUGCUAUGUCUUAUAUCCAGGUGACGAGUCGCUUGAAGGAAAGACGCUUAGGUUAAAGCAGCAAUACACACUAUGUUCUGCUUCUCUUCAGGACAUUAUUGCACGGUUCGAGAAGAGAUCAGGGAAUGCAGUGAACUGGGAUCAGUUCCCCGAAAAGGUUGCAGUACAGAUGAAUGACACUCAUCCAACACUUUGUAUACCAGAACUUUUAAGGAUAUUGAUGGAUGUUAAAGGUUUGAGCUGGAAGCAGGCAUGGGAAAUUACUCAAAGAACGGUCGCAUACACUAACCACACUGUUCUACCUGAGGCUCUUGAGAAAUGGAGCUUCACACUUCUUGGUGAACUGCUUCCUCGGCACGUGGAGAUCAUAGCAAUGAUAGAUGAGGAGCUCUUGCAUACUAUACUUGCUGAAUAUGGUACUGAAGAUCUUGACUUGUUGCAAGAAAAGCUAAACCAAAUGAGGAUUCUGGAUAAUGUUGAAAUACCAACUUCUGUUUUGGAGUUGCUUAUAAAAGCCGAAGAAAAUGCUGCUGAUGUCGAAAAAGCAGCAGAUGAAGAACAAGAAGAAGAAGGUAAGGAUGACAGUAAAGAUGAGGAAACUGAGGCUGUAAAGGCAGAAACUACGAACGAAGAGGAGGAAACUGAGGUUAAGAAGGUUGAGGUGGAGGAUAGUCAAGCAAAAAUAAAACGUAUAUUUGGGCCACAUCCAAAUAAAUCACAGGUGGUUCACAUGGCAAAUCUAUGUGUAGUUAGCGGGCAUGCAGUUAACGGUGUUGCUGAGAUUCAUAGUGAAAUAGUUAAAGAUGAAGUUUUCAAUGAAUUUUACAAGUUAUGGCCAGAGAAAUUCCAAAACAAGACAAAUGGUGUGACACCAAGAAGAUGGCUAAGUUUCUGUAAUCCAGAGUUGAGUGAAAUUAUAACAAAGUGGACAGGAUCUGAUGAUUGGUUAGUAAACACUGAAAAAUUGGCAGAGCUUCGAAAGUUUGCUGAUAACGAAGAACUCCAGUCUGAGUGGAGGAAGGCAAAAGGAAAUAACAAAAUGAAGAUUGUCUCUCUCAUUAAAGAAAAAACAGGAUACGUGGUCAGUCCCGAUGCAAUGUUUGAUGUUCAGAUCAAGCGCAUCCAUGAGUAUAAAAGGCAGCUAUUAAAUAUAUUUGGAAUCGUUUAUCGCUAUAAGAAGAUGAAAGAAAUGAGCCCUGAAGAACGAAAAGAAAAGUUUGUCCCUCGAGUUUGCAUAUUUGGGGGAAAAGCAUUUGCUACAUAUGUUCAGGCCAAGAGAAUUGUAAAAUUUAUCACUGAUGUAGGGGCAACAGUCAACCAUGAUCCCGAGAUUGGUGAUCUUUUGAAGGUUGUAUUUGUUCCUGAUUACAAUGUCAGUGUAGCAGAAGUGCUAAUUCCUGGUAGUGAGUUGUCCCAGCAUAUAAGUACUGCUGGUAUGGAGGCUAGUGGAACCAGCAACAUGAAAUUUUCAAUGAAUGGCUGCCUCCUCAUCGGGACGUUAGAUGGUGCCAAUGUUGAAAUAAGAGAGGAAGUUGGAGAGGACAAUUUCUUCCUUUUCGGAGCUCAGGCUCAUGAAAUUGCUGGCCUACGAAAGGAAAGAGCCGAGGGAAGGUUUGUCCCGGACCCAAGAUUUGAAGAAGUAAAGGUGUUCAUUAGGACAGGCGUCUUUGGCACCUACAACUAUGAAGAACUCAUGGGAUCCUUGGAAGGAAACGAAGGCUAUGGUCGUGCUGACUAUUUUCUUGUAGGAAAGGAUUUCCCCGAUUAUAUAGAGUGCCAAGAUAAAGUUGAUGAAGCAUAUCGAGACCAGAAGAAAUGGACCAAAAUGUCGAUCUUAAACACAGCUGGAUCGUUCAAAUUUAGCAGUGAUCGAACAAUUCAUCAAUAUGCAAGAGAUAUAUGGAGAAUUGAACCUGUUGAAUUACCUUAAAAGUUAGCCAGUUAUAGGAUGAAAGCCAAUUUUUUUCCCCUGAGGUUCUCCCAUACUGUUUAUUAGUACAUAUAUUGUCAAUUGUUGCUAUUGAAAUGAUACAAGUUUUGAAUAUUUACUGUCAAUAAAAUACAGUUGAUUCCAUUUGAAA